AUGGGUGGGAAUUCCGCCAUUCACCAGAGCAUCUGUCUGAACUUGGGCGAGUCCGUGGGCCGGCGUCUCUGUAACAGCUCGCGUCUGCGAUGUUGGAAAAAAUACAGUAAUCUCCUUCGUCUGCCCCUCAAGCCCUUUUGGGGCGACCAGCGCCUUUUGCACAGCCUCCUCCGGACCAGGUCCCCCAAAUUUGAGAGACCGCAGACGACGACGAGAAAGGCCUCGUAUCAAAUCGUUCGGCAGCAGCGUAGUUCGGGUGAGACAUGUCAUGGCCUGCGAGUCGACUUCGUCUUCUUCGUCGUCGCUGUGAAGCGCAACCCGUUCAUGAUGCCCAUAAUUAAUUUCACUCACGCUCUAGCACUGAUGGUCCAUCCCCAGAUUCGAUGGCAGCAGCCGUCUGAUGAAACACGGGUACCUGAACGUGGAAGGCGAUCCGAAAGAAAGGUUCGUUCGCCUUGCGUUGCGUUGCGUUGCAUGAAGAUGAAGAUGUCAUUAUCUCUGACGCGCCGCCUCCUCAAACCGGAGCCCUGCCCUUUCACCCCUCAUGAAGCACCAAACGUCUCACAGGAUGAGAUCACCAUCACCGACCACCUGCAAGAAUCAUUUUCUGCACCGGUGACUGGCCAUGGGGAAAACUUCAGGUUUCCGAUUGCUGGAACAGGAUUUCAAGAGCAGGUGGAGGUUGAUUUGCAAACUCCAACAGACCCACGGGCCGCGAAUGUCACGGCCGGGAUGAGAAGUCAAAUACCUACAGUAAUGGUAGAGGAAGACCUUCAGAUGAAGAAAUGUAGAAGACGAUGGAUAGUAAGCCAAAGCCCGAAUGCUCUUCUAGUCAUCUCAUCCAGAUGUCGGCCAAUCCGGUUCGGUAAAGUACAGCGUCCUAGAGGCUUGCCGGACAAUAUUGAAAUAUGGUCUCGGGAACGGACAUCCGAAUUGUUGAGAUCUGGGUUCCUCGGAUUCUGA